AUGUGUAUUUGAAAUGUUUCCGAAACAGAACACGUUUGUCGAAUGAAAUGUCCGUGUUACUAGUUGAACAUCAAAGAGGAGUAUAGAGAAGAAAACAGAUUCCACAAGGCUCUUGAACUGCGGAUUUGGAAUCUAGUUCAAUUCGAAUAGUACAAAUAUGAGUGAGAAAUUACAGAAAGACCCACAACAGCGACCCCAAGUUCACCUAACCAUCCUUAAAACUAUGGGAAAUUUGGACGCAAAGAAGGCCAUACACUAACACAUCAAAAGAAAAUAAAGCUAUAUCAGUUCAGCUUCUCUCUCUAGCAUUGGAAUUUACAGCCGCCUGAAUCCUACACAACCAUCUCUACUUCCAAUGGCAAAUGAUUCCAAACAUGACACUCUAGUAUCAAUUGAUAAUACAUUUGGGAAGCUUCCUGAUCAUCUCCUGAUAGAAAUCUUUAUAAGAGUUCCCAUAUCAGAGUGGGAUCAUAUAUCAUGUGUCAGAAGACAUUGGGCCAAUGUAUUUCGCGGAGAAUGCUUGUGGCAAGCUGCUCUUAAUAGAACAUAUCCCUUUGCUGGCCAAGCUAAAAGAUGGCCUGGACCAAUACCUCAAGGGUUGAGCAGAAGGAGAUAUAGAGCUUUAUAUGUUAGUAAGCACAUCUUUGCACUGGAUGAUGAGAUUACGGGCCAUGCUUAUUGGUUUCUAAAAGAGCAGCUUGAACUUUCCACAACAUCUUCUCCUUCUGGGAUUCUACAUGGAACAAUAAUAGCAGAUCAAUUUAUUGCUUGUGGGAAAUCAAGAGACGCGGCACACGAGCUUGCUUCCCAAAUCUGGCUAGCAGUUCUUGACAAUUUGAAGGAAAAUGAUCACACAUUUCUUUUACUUAAACGUCUUGCACUAGAAGGGGAUGUAUUUCUUCCUUAUCCAUAUACAAAAUCCAUAGAAGUGCAAUGGAGGGUUUAUGAAAAGCUUUUCAGUGAUUUCAGGGAUUGUUUUGAGGAUGUAGAUUAUUAUGAUGUUUUGUGUUGUGCAAAGAGUAAGUUGCAGCGAAUACCCUCAGCUUGGUUGGAGUACUACUAAAAUCAUUUCCAGGACCACACAGUGUAAUGUACACAUAAUUGUACUUUUCUGUAUAAUGUAGUGCUUGGUAAAUAGCAGAAAAAGAAUUGUAAGCAUAUUGUUUGCUUCUGUUCCUUUCACUUUCAGCAGUUUUGUUGACAUUAAUUGAAUGGAUAAUACCUUUCCAGCA